UGCUGCACAUAUACAUACUUGCAACAGCCUCGACGACACUGCAUAUUCAACGUCCACCACCAACAAACCCAUACUGUAAACUGCUCGCCAGUUGAAGGAAUGGCUUCAAUGACAGACGACGUUUCCCAACGCUGCCAUCUCCCUGGCGUGCGGACGAUUUCCUCUACUUCAAGCCCGGCAGAUAUGACUGAAGACCGGCGUCUACCUCCACUACCCCGUAUUGAACCUUUACAACGAGACCUGUUCAAUCCAUUUACUCAAAGGAACCUCAUGCCCAGCCCACCGGGGACACAUGAUACUUUCCCUGUUAAAUCGCAAUGGGCACCGACAGAGCAUAUCGUGGCACCUCCAUCUCCAGCGAGCACUGCUGACUCUUGGGGGGAAAUGGUACCACCACAGAAUUCGUUUAGAUCAGCUCAAGAUAUUUCGCAUCUUUCUGCGGCCGAUCUCAUCAAACUAAUAGCUCCAGACCCAGAACACAUUACUCGCAAGCGGCCACUGCAGCAGCCCUGCGGCAGAAAGCGCAAGGCAAGUGUGAUGUCUGCGGACCUGGAUGAUCAGAGGGAAAAGCAUCGUGUUGCUGAAGGAAACCGACGGAAGAACCUAAGCAACUUACACAAGCGGUUAGACAACAGGCUCCACGACUUCUUUCUCCAAAGAGCUGGGUGGAACCCGUCAAAGGGCACAGCUGAGUCUAAGGAGCACAUUGUCUCUGGCGCGAUUGACCUCAUCGACUUCAUGCAGAUCGUCAUCGUCCAGUUAAUUUGUCAGGAGAAAAAGGUGCCGGAGCAUCUACAAGAAAAGAUUCAGCCUCAACUUCGGUGCAUGCAACUCCAGCGCUUGGUCUCUGGCCUUCAGCAGCAGAACCACGCGGCACAACAGCAAGCCGAUGCAUUGAAGCAGGAAACCCAGGCUCUAGAAGAGCGAAACAGGACCUUGGAAGAGCACAACCGAGCCCUUGAGUAUCAACUCAGGGCCCGCGAGCACAUCUACCGCUCCCCAAAGAUCGAGCAACCGAGCCCCCAGCAAGUUGCUUUGCUGCCGGACAGCAAACCGAAAACCAUGCUCCCGGGCCUGCGCGUGGUCUGUGAUGAGAUUGCUACGAACAGCCCGGAAUCUUCUCGGUUUGAUGCCAUGUCCACUGGAACAUCCCAGUCUUUUGGUCACACCUACCUUAGCCAAACACCGCCAACGACAGGCCCGUCUACUCCUGUCUUUCAUCACGCCACCUACUCAGUGGCCAAUUCACGACCUCUAUCUCUCAUACAAUCACCAUAACCUGAGAGGCUGCUGAUGACUUUUCUUGUGGUUAAUAUCAUAGCGGGUGGGCGGCUAUCUGUGAAGGCCUUGGAUUUUGGGGCCCGCGUGUUUAUUUUACGGUGUUGAUGUUUCGAAUUUUCGGAACGCACGCCAAAAAAAAGUUACUUGGGAGUACCAACCUUCUGAGUUUCUCCUUCAUGUUGUAUAAUAUAUUCGGUUAUUCAAUAC